AUGGCGAGCCACGCGGCGGUCGAUCUGCCACAGAAGGCCGCUUGCCUGGGUGCCUCGCCGCUGCCGCGCCCAGCCCGAUUCGUGCCCAGGCGAGCGGCGAGAAAGGCGGCAUGCUCCGCAUCAGGCGCCUCACGCACCCAGAAGGCCGCCGUCAGCAGCGGCGUGGCUGCAAAGGCGGCCGCCACAGAGGCGCCGUCGGCCAAUUCGGCUGCAUCUGACCAGGGCGACUACAGCGCCUGCGCCACCACCUUCACCACGUGGCUGAUCAAGCAGGAGCAGCUGGGAAUCAUAGACUCGGAGUUCGCGGUGGUGCUGUCGUCGAUCGCGCUGGCGUGCAAGCAGAUUGCGUCGCUGGUGGGCCGGGCGGGGAUUUCGAAUCUCACGGGGCUGGCGGGCGAGGAGAACGUGCAGGGCGAGGCGCAGAAGAAGCUGGACGUCGUGUCCAAUACGGUGUUCUCGAACUGCCUGCGGUCCACGGGACGGACGGGGAUCAUCGCGUCCGAGGAGGAGGAGUUCCCUGUGUUCGUGGAGGAGACGUACUCCGGGAACUAUGUGGUGGUGUUCGACCCGCUGGACGGCUCGUCGAACAUCGACGCCGGGAUUUCGGUGGGGUCCAUCUUCGGCGCCUACCUGCCCAGUGAGGAGUGCAGCAUGGAGGAUGCGGAGGAUGGCGAGACUCUACUGAACAACUGCGUGCUGAACGUCUGCCAACCUGGCAACAUGCUCAAGGCCGCAGGCUAUUGCCUGUACAGCACCUCCACAGUGCUGGUCCUCUCUGUGGGCAAUGGCGUGUUUGGGUUCACCCUGGACCCCCUGAUCGGCGAGUUCGUUAUGUCCCACCCUUACAUGCAGGUCCCGGAGUCUGGCAAGAUAUACUCCUUCAACGAGGGCAACUAUGACAUGUGGGACGACGACGUGAAGGCCUACAUCAACAGCCUCAAAGACCCUGACAAGUGGGGAGGCAAGCCAUACUCCUCACGCUACAUCGGCGCCCUGGUGGGCGACUUCCAUCGUACAAUGCUGUAUGGGGGCAUCUACGGCUACCCAGGCGCCACCAAUGCCCCCAAUGGCAAACUCAGGUUGCUGUAUGAGUGCGCGCCCAUGAGCUUCCUGGCCGAGCAGGCCGGCGGGAUGGGGUCCACGGGCAAGGAGCGUGUCCUGGACAUCGACCCCACCGCGGUGCACCAGAGGGUGCCGCUGUUCAUCGGAAGCAAGAAGGAAGUGGAGUAUCUGGAGAGCUUCACCAUGGGAAAAUGA